AUGGAUCACAUGCCUGGGACGGCGCAGCGCGGGUCUCAGGUUCCCCCAAGGGUCUCAGGUUCCCCCAAGGGUCAGAGGUUCCCCCAAGGGUCAGAGGUUCCCCCAAGGGUCUCAGGUUCCCCCAAGGGUCUCAGGUUCCCCCAAGGGUCAGAGGUUCCCCCAAGGGUCAGAGGUUCCCCCAAGGGUCAGAGGUUCCCCGAAGGGUCAGAGGUUCCCCCAAGAGUCAGAGGUUCCCCCAAGAGUCAGAGGUUCCCCCAAGGGUCAGAGGUUCCCACAAGGGUCUCAGGUUCCCCCAAGGGUCAGAGGUUCCCCCAAGGGUCAGAGGUUCCCCCAAGGGUCUCAGGUUCCCCCAAGGGUCAGAGGUUCCCCCAAGGGUCAGAGGUUCCCCCAAGGGUCAGAGGUUCCCCGAAGGGUCAGAGGUUCCCCCAAGAGUCAGAGGUUCCCCCAAGAGUCAGAGGUUCCCCCAAGGGUCAGAGGUUCCCCGAAGGGUCAGAGGUUCCCCCAAGGGUCUCAGGUUCCCCCAUGGGUCAGAGGUUCCCAAAGGGUCAGAGGUUCCCCCAAGGGUCAGAGGUUCCCCCAAGGGUCUCAGAUUCCCCCAAGGGUCUCAGGUUCCCCAAGGGUCUGAGGGUUCCCCCAAGGGUCAGAGGUUCCCCCAAGAGUCAGAGGUUCCCCCAAGAGUCAGAGGUUCCCCCAAGGGUCAGAGGUUCCCCGAAGGGUCAGAGGUUCCCCCAAGGGUCUCAGGUUCCCCCAAGGGUCAGAGGUUCCCCCAAGGGUCAGAGGUUCCCCCAAGGGUCUCAGAUUCCCCCAAGGGUCUCAGGUUCCCCUAAGGGUCUGAGGGUUCCCCCAAGGGUCAGAGGUUCCCCCAAGGGUCUCAGGUUCCCCCAAGGGUCUCAGGUUCCCCCAAGGGUCAGAGGUUCCCCCAGGGGUCUCAGGUUCCCCCAAGGGUCAGAGGUUCCCCCAAGGGUCUCAGGUUCCCCCAAGGGUCAGAGGUUCCCCCAAGGGUCAGAGGUUCCCCCAAGGGUCUCAGGUUCCCCCAAGGGUCUGAGGGUUCCCCCAAGGGUCAGAGGUUCCCCCAAGGGUCUCAGGUUCCCCCAAGGGUCUCAGGUUCCCCCAAGAGUCAGAGGUUCCCCCAAGGGUCUCAGGUUCCCCCAAGGGUCAGAGGUUCCCCCAAGGGUCAGAGGUUCCCCAAGGGUCAGAGGUUCCCCCAAGGGUCAGAGGUUCCCCAAGGGUCAGAGGUUCCCCCAAGGAUCUCAGGUUCCCCCAAGGGUCUCAGGUUCCCCCAAGGGUCUGAGGGUUCCCCCAAGGGGUCAGAGGUUCCCCCAAGGGUCAGAGGUUCCCCCAAGGGUCAGAGGUUCCCCCAAGGGUCUCAGGUUCCCCCAAGGGUCAGAGGUUCCCCCAAGGGUCAGAGGUUCCCCCAAGGGUCAGAGGUUCCCCCAAGGGUCAGAGGUUCCCCAAGGGUCAGAGGUUCCCCCAAGGGUCUCAGGUUCCCCCAAGGGUCUCAGGUUCCCCCAAGGGUCUGAGGGUUCCCCCAAGGGUCAGAGGUUCCCCCAAGGGUCUCAGGUUCCCCCAAGGGUCAGAGGUUCCCCCAAGGGUCAGAGGUUCCCCCACGGGUCAGAGGUUCCCCCACGGGUCAGAGGUUCCCCCAAGGGUCAGAGGUUCCCCCAAGGGUCAGAGGUUCCCCCAAGAGUCAGAGGUUCCCCCAAGGGUCUCAGGUUCCCCCAAGGGUCUCAGGUUCCCCCAAGGGUCAGAGGUUCCCCCAAGGGUCAGAGGUUCCCCCCGGGGGAAUCAGGUUCCCCCACGGGUCUCAGGGUCCCCCAAGGGUCAGAGGUUCCCCCAUGGGUCUCAGGUUCCCCCAAGGGUCUCAGGUUCCCCCAAGGGUCUCUGGUUCCCCCAAGGGUCUCAGGUUUCCCCAAGGGUCUCAGGUUCCCUUAA